AACAUGUAGAAGUACAAGUCAACUGUAACAAGCAUAGACUCUUGCAACUUUAAAUACAGCAACAUUUCACAUAUUCUUUCUCCACAAAAACAUUCUUGAAACACCAUGGUCGACAUAAUAACUCGAGAAUCUUCAAAGCGCAGAGCGAACCGUUUCAUCAUCAACGUAACAACGUUGAUGACGGUGAUGGUGAAGCGAGCGACGUUGAAGCUGAAGGCGGCCCCGAUGACGAGUGAGGUAAAGUCACCUAAGAAGUUGCUGAAAAACAUAAGCAACAAAGCUAUGCCGUUUAUUGAGAAGAUGAAGAAGAAAAAGAAAGGGAAGUUGGAGUGGGGUGAUGGUGGUGUUUGGCAGAAAACGAUCUUGAUGGGUGAUAAGUGUGAACCGUUGGAUUUCUCUGGUGUGAUUUAUUAUGACAAUAAGGGGAAACAGGUGAAUGAAUUUCCUCUCAGGUCGCCACGUGCCACUCCCGUGCCUGGUUUUUUCAUCGGACAGAAGGUACAGUGAGUUUUGUUUUGGUCGUUGGAUUUUGUUCCUAUUUGAACACGAUGCAAGAGUUCAGAGCACGUGUUUUUUCUUUCUUUUUGGAUUUGGGAAAAAAUUGUACAUAUUUUGUGGAAGUUGGAGUUUUAAGGCAAAAUUAUACUUUUAAUCCCUUAACUUAAUUUCAGAUAACAAUUUGGUCCUUUAUCUUUUUGUCAUUUCAAUUUGGUGUUUUUUGUCCAUUUUCAUAUGAAUUUUUAAGUUUAAAAUUCAUGAUUUUAUUUUCUUAUGGUCUUUCAAUCUUCAAAUCUAUGAUACUUGUCUAUGUUUGUAUAAGAAUACUAGAUUUGAAGCUUGAAAAUAUAUAUAAAAAUGGAUAAAAAGGACCAAAUUGAAAUGAAAAAAGAUAAGUACCAAACCAUUACCUAAAAUUAAGUUAAGAAACUAAAAGUGUAAUUUUGCCGAUUUUUUAUUAUAUAAAAAUAAGUUUAGAUAAAUGGAGUCCCACGUGAGUUUAGGAACCCUAACACUCUGAGUUACUUAUAUAUUACAUACCAACUAAUCUUCAAGUUGUUGUGAGAUGUUAGCUAUCAGCUACACCAUCGUUUGAUGGCAAGUUUAAUAGAGAAUAAUUUUGUAUUUCUUUGCUUACCUUCUUUUUUUUUAAUAAUCCUACUUUAAUUUUCAGAAA